GCGGAGACCUCCCCAGUCCUAGAGCGGAGCAGGAAGUGUCCCAGGGGAGGGAGCCGGAGGGCUCCGGCCUUUCCUUUCCUGCGCGUCCGGCGGGCUCCGCGGCGGCCAGGCUAGCGCGGCCCGCCAAAGGGGACGCGCCGUGGCGGCGCCUCCAUUUGCUGCACUAGUUCAGCCGCGUUUUCGUGCAUGAGCGGGAGACGGGGGCUCGACCAGCCAAGGAGAGAGUCCCUCGGCCUCAGGAAGGACGCCCGGGAGGCCGGGCUGGAAGGAUGAGGAGCUGCUGCCGGAGACUUCCGCAGCAGCAGGAGGGCUUGGAGUUAGACUCGGGGAAGGAGGUCCGGGCUGCGAGAUCCAGCACCGAUGGCUGGCCCUGGGCACCAGCAUGGCUGAUUUCUGGUCCCGGAUCCUCUUUGAAGGCUCCUCCCAGGCACCCCAGGCAUGUCUGUGUCUUUCCAGCUCCUUUUGUAAAGGUCUCAAGGGCAAGAACGGGGACUUUGGCUGCGAAGCCUCAAGAUAGCAGCCUAUUCACUUGUCCUGUCCAGGAGGACCUGGCCACGGAAGCCCUGUGUCCCCGAGUCUUGGCUCCGAAAGAAAGCGAGGAGCCCAGGAAAAUGAGGAGCCCACCAGGAGAGAACCCUAGCCCCCAGGGCGAGCUUCCCAGCCCCGAGUCCUCCCGCCGCCUCUUCCGCCGUUUUCGCUACCAGGAGGCGGCGGGCCCCCGGGAGGCCCUGCGCCGCCUCUGGGACCUGUGCCAGGGCUGGCUGAGGCCCGACAGACACACCAAGGAACAGAUCCUGGAGCGACUGGUGCUGGAGCAGUUCCUGGCCAUCCUGCCCCGUGAGAUCCAGGGCUGGGUGCGGGCCCAGGAGCCUGAGAGUGGUGAUCAGGCUGUGGCGGCCGUGGAGGCGCUGGAGCGGGAGCCUGGGCGGCCCUGGCAGUGGCUCAAGCACUGUGAAGACCCCGUGGUGAUUGAUGAUGGCGAAGGCCCUCCAGACCGAGAGCCGGAGCGGCUGCCGGCAGAAGCCCAGAGUGACCUUGCAAAGAGCCAGGACAGCCAGCCCACGGCCGUAGCACAGGGCCCUGGGCUCCCGAGCAGAACCCCGGGCCAGCCCGGUGGGGAUCCAGUUCUGCAAGAGCCUGCCCUUCUUCAGGAGGCAAGUCUGAGGGAUACACAGCAGGUAACCGCCCUGCAGCUGCCCCCGGUAUUCGUCUUUGAAUUUCUCUGCGUUCCUGUAAAGGCCCCAGUAAACAGGAGACAGAUUUUGAACCGGGUUUCUCCUUUCAAGGAUAUGAUUUUCUGCUUCUCCCAAGAGGACUGGUCCCUUCUAGACCCUGCGCAGACGGGCUUCUAUGGAGAGUUCAUCAUCGGGGAGGACUGUGGGGUCUCGCUGCCUCCAAGUGACCCGGGCACCCAGCUGCAUCUCUCCCAGGGAGAGGAGAACGAGCCCCGGGUUCCAGAGUUGCAGGACCUGCAAGGGAAGGACGUGCCCCAGGUUUCUUACUUGGACUUCCCAGGUCUCCAGCCAUUCCAGGUGGAAGAGAGAAGGAAACGGGAUGAGCUGCAGGUGCCCGAGUUCCAGACCUGCCAGCAGAUGGCACUCACCCAGAGCACCCGCCCAGCCGGAGGGGACGCGCUGACCCCCGAAAACGGCCUGGACGAGGAGGUGACCAUCGAGAUCGUCCUGUCCAGCUCUGGAGACGAGGACUCCCAGCUCAGCCCUUACUGCACUGAUGAGCCGCGGGGCCCCGCCGAGAAGCCGCGCAGCCUCCCCGCCUCCCACCGCAGCGGCGCAGAGCGCGGGGACGAGGUGCAGACGUCAUCCAAAAAGUCCUACAUCUGCCCCAACUGCGGGAAGAUCUUCCGCUGGAGGGUCAAUUUCAUCCGGCACCUGCGCAGCCGCAGGGAGCAGAAGCCGCACGAGUGCUCGGUGUGCGGGGAGCUGUUCAGCGACAGCGAGGACCUGGACGGGCACCUGGAGAGCCACGAGGCGCAGAAGCCCUACCGCUGCGGCGCCUGCGGGAAGAGCUUCCGCCUCAACUCGCACCUGCUGUCGCACAGGCGGAUACACCUGCCGACGGGUGGACUGGAGCCGGUGCCGAAGACCGAGCCGAACGCGGCGGGGGCCGUGGGCGGGGGCCCGGGCGGCCUGCUAGCCUUCCAGUGCUGCGACUGCGGGCGGGCGUUCCAGCGGCCGGAGCACCUGGCGCGGCACCGCAGCAGCGCGCACCUGCGGGGCACGGCGCAGCCCUUCCAGUGCCGCUACUGCGUCAAGAGCUUCUCUCAGAACUGCGACCUGCUUCGCCACCAGCGCCUGCACUUGAAGCGCCGCUCCAAGCAGGCCCUCAAUUCCUACUGAGGCGGCCCGGCCUGGCCCCUCCCGCGGUGCACCUGCCCGGGACAGAAGCUCCGUCCUCCCAUCCUUCGCUCUCAGGUAGAAAUGAGAUAGUGGCCGACUGAGCAUGCGCUCUGUCUCGGCCGUGCCAAAAAGCAGGGAGGGCGCGUCUCCACCAGCUGUGACUCUUCAUCUCUGCAGGUCCUAGAGAACCGUCCCUCCAGAGCUUCCCUGGCAGGGAGGGAUGGGACCACCCCCCGGGGUCUGGCCCUUGCCAGCCAGUGUCAAGUACACUCCCUUCCCCUGUACUGAGGUCUGGGGGUACCUGCACUGCUGUCCGGCGGCAAGAAGCUUGGGGUGUGCUGAUGGGCUGAGGGUGGCAAUAAGGCAGGGUGUGGCCUGUGGGCCUAUGACCACAGGGCCAAACACCAGGCCGCAUCCUGUCAUCAGAAGGCUGAGUCUCCAUCACUUCUUGGCCCAUAGAAACAACCCACUGCUAUCAGGCAGCCCUUUUCAGGCUCAAACCGUGCUGGGGGGCUUUAUAGCUCCUGCAGAAGGGAAACUCCUACCCUUUUAUUUGUGAUGGUGUCUGCUUAUUAGGGAACAGGAGCUUAUCUAAGGCAAAGCCCCAUUUUAAACUGUAGCACACCCACCCCUAAAUGCUGUUUCUUUGUACCCUUGAAGGGUCUUCAUAGGUGGUUUUGGGUGGACGUGCAGUCCAUCGAGUCCAGGAAGGGGGGGGUUCAGCCCCCAGUGAGGGUGUCCUGUUGUGUUUGUCUGGGUGAGCUGAGCCGGGAAACCAGAACCUCACGUGAAGUCAUGCUCAUGCUGUGCGUAUGUGACUUAGUGUGCUGGUUGGGGUCGUUUGCAAGGGCUCCUGCAGAAACCAGAUGCCUUAAACAACAAAGGCAUCAUCUUAGUUCUGAAGGCACAAGUCCAAGAUCAGGGUGGCCCCUCCCAGGGGAGGGUCUAUUUCAUGCGUCGUCUGUCACCUGCCCCCGCACCCCAGGGCUUGCUGGCAAUUGUUGGUACUGCAUGGCUUCCAGAAGCAUCACCCCAGCUCUGCUGUAUUCUCACAUGGUGCUCUGUGUGUGUGUCUGUCCCUUUCUGGAAGAAAUGCAUCCAUAUCUAAGGUCUGCCCGUCCUACUCCCGUAGACUCCCAUCUUAACUAAUUACACCUGCCGUGGCCUCAGUUCCAAAGAAGGUCACACUCCAGUGUGCCAGGGUUAGAGUUGUGGGGGUUGGGGACACAGUUCAGCCCACAAUACCACGUGGUCACGUAAUGCUCUCAUCCCCAAUCCACACAAGGACCAAUACAAACACUGUAGCUAGCUCUUCCUUCAACCAGAAGCACGAUUCAGACCCAAGCUGCUGCUUUCAGGGUGGGGUGUCCUCUGCACAAGAGCCUUCAAAGUUUGUAGCCUGGCAUUCUGGAUGGGGAGUGGAAUCUCAGGCAUGGAUGGCUGUGGUCUUAAUGCUUCUGGGAGAACUGACCAUGUCUACUAGGCCCAGUGACGAGAAGGCCUGGGGACUGGUGAGCAGCUGUGGCCAGUUGUAAAAGCCAGCAACCGGUCAGGUGUUCUGUAUUAUUUAUACACCUGCCAGUGUCUCCUUGUCAUUCACUUCAUUGUCCUGUCAAGACACCACUCCCCCAGACCCAGUGAGAGAGUGCCAAGGUCCUAUAGUUAAAUGAGGGCUGUGCCUGUGUAAUGACAGCUUCAUACCCAGGAACAGUAAGUGUCAUAAAACCAUUUGGUCCUACCCUCAGUAAUAAAUAAACUAUUGGGGCUCUUUGUUUCAGAAGAAUUUGCCUCUUGUAUCAAUCUGCCAGGAAACGGGGAAAAUAAACCCCCCAGAUCUUUUAAGGCUAAUAAGAAAGUGGAAAAUUCCAAAUAGAAGCCAGAUGCUGUGCACAUUUGUCUCGUCCAGCUGUGCUUUUGCCCAAAGGUCCAUUGGUGAGUGUAUUAACCCACCCACUUAAGACACGUCUACAAGGAGCAUUGCUUCACUUACCUGGUGUAUUUUAUGUGUGAAAUCUGAUUGUAAGUAAGGAACAAGUGGAAUGUAACAGAACUGAAACCUAAAGAGAGGCUGUGUGUUUCUUGAGUAUCAAUCAGACAUCAUGAGGCAGCCUCCGAUUCCCUGACCCAAAGCUGACCAAGGCGCCCAGCAAACCAGGAGUUGACAUUGCUCCUGGGAACCGUCAUGGGUGAUGUAGCUCAAAUCCCAGGUUCAUCUGUGCAGAAGAAGCCAGGGCUGCCUGCAUUGCGGAAAGCUGCAGGUAAUAGGAGGGCUGGCCCACUUGGUUCCUCCCUUCCUCUGUGGGCACUGGGCAGGCAGGUGAGGGGUCUCUACCUGGCCAUGGAGGUUCAGGAGUCGAGACUUCUCAUCUGAGAAGCAUCUGCUCUCUCUGUUCCUCUGAUCCCUUGGCAUUGUUCCCACAAACUGAACAGGUGCAUAAUAAAAACUCACUGAAUUAA